GGUACCUCCAGGCAAACUUUGUUUCUGAAAAAGAGGUCUCAGAGACGAAGUCAUAUGUUAUGGGGUAAGCUUUGGAAUCGGAAUUGGGUUCUGGGAUCAUCUUCAAGAGCUUUGCCUUUAAGGUGCCAGGCUCAAGAAAAUCCUAAAGCUGUGGUUUCUGGUGGUGUGAGCAGUUCAGUAGAAGAGCAACCGGGUUUGGUUGAGAAGCCUGCCUCAGAAGUUGUUCAUUUGUAUCGUGUCCCGUUUAUGCAAGAUAGUGCAGCUGCUGAGCUUCUAAAGGAGGCUCAAGUGAAAAUCUCUAAUCAGAUUGUGGAAAUACAGACGGAGCAAUGCUAUAAUAUUGGCCUUGGUUCACAACUUUCAAGUAAAAAGUUUUCAGUUCUUAAAUGGCUUCUUCAAGAAACGUUUGAGCCUGAGAAUCUGGGAACCGAGAGCUUUCUCCAGAAGAAGAGGAAGCAGGGUUUGGUUCCAGUUAUCGUCGAGGUUGGCCCCAGGUUGUCAUUUACCACAGCAUGGUCUACUAAUGCUGUGGCAAUUUGCCAAGCCUGUGGUUUGACGGAAGUGAACCGUUUGGAACGGUCAAGGAGGUACUUGUUGUUCACCACAAGUGAACUGCAAGAUCAUCAAAUCAAUGAGUUUGCAUCAAUGGUGCAUGAUAGGAUGACUGAAUGUGUUUACGCUCAGAAACUAACAUCCUUUGAGACCAGUGUAGUUCCAGAAGAAAUUCGUUAUAUACCUGUCAUGGAGAGGGGACGAAAGGCAUUAGAAGAGAUUAAUCUGGAGAUGGGUUUUGCCUUUGAUGACCAGGAUUUGGAAUUCUACACCAAACUCUUCAGGGAAGACAUUAAGCGCAAUCCAACAAAUGUGGAGUUGUUUGAUAUUGCGCAGUCCAACAGUGAGCACAGCAGACACUGGUUUUUUUCUGGAAAGAUUUUCAUUGAUGGACAGCUUAUGAGUAGAACUCUUAUGCAAAUUGUGAAAAGUACUCUACAGGCAAAUCCAAAUAACUCAGUUAUUGGCUUUAAGGAUAACUCGAGUGCAAUAAGAGGUUUCCCAGUAAAGCAGCUCCGACCAGUUCAGCCUGGUUCAGUAUGCCCGUUAGAUGUUGCAGCACAUGAGCUAGAUAUCUUGUUUACUGCUGAAACACAUAAUUUUCCAUGUGCAGUGGCACCUUAUCCUGGUGCAGAGACUGGUGCAGGAGGUCGAAUUAGAGAUACACAUGCUACAGGAAGGGGGUCAUUUGUCCAGGCAGCUACAGCUGGUUAUUGUGUUGGGAAUCUCAACACUGCAGGCUUUUAUGCUCCAUGGGAAGAUCCCUCCUUUACUUAUCCAUCAAAUUUGGCAUCACCUUUACAGAUUCUUAUAGAUUCUAGUAAUGGUGCAUCUGACUAUGGGAACAAAUUCGGAGAGCCAUUGAUCCAGGGUUUCUGCAGAACAUUUGGAAUGAGACUUCCUAGUGGGGAUAGGCGAGAAUGGUUGAAGCCAAUCAUGUUUAGUGCAGGCAUUGGACAGAUUGACCACCUUCAUAUAUCAAAGGGAGAGCCUGACAUUGGUAUGCUGGUUGUUAAGAUUGGAGGUCCGGCUUAUCGUAUUGGUAUGGGAGGUGGGGCAGCCUCAAGCAUGGUCAGUGGGCAGAAUGAUGCGGAGCUUGAUUUCAAUGCUGUGCAACGUGGGGAUGCUGAAAUGGCUCAAAAACUAUACCGUCUUGUUCGUGCCUGUAUUGAGAUGGGGGAGAAAAAUCCUAUUAUUAGCAUUCAUGACCAGGGUGCUGGUGGGAACUGCAAUGUUGUAAAGGAAAUUAUAUAUCCAAAAGGUGCUGAGAUAGAUGUCCGAGCAAUUGUGGUUGGUGAUCAUACAAUGUCUGUUCUAGAAAUUUGGGGUGCAGAGUAUCAGGAGCAGGAUGCAAUCUUGGUGAAGCCUGAGAGUCAUGAUAUCCUUAAAUCGAUCUGUAGUAGGGAGAAAGUUUCAAUGGCUGUUAUUGGAACUAUUAGUGGUGAUGGACGUGUUGUUUUAGUUGAUAGUUCAGCAACUCAGAAGUGUAUUUCUAAUGGACUCCCCCCACCUGCCCCUGCUGUGGAUCUUGAACUGGAGAAAGUCCUUGGUGACAUGCCUAAGAAAUCAUUUAAAUUUAAUCGGGUUGUUUAUGAGCGGGAGCCACUAGAUCUUGCCCCUGGUGUUGCGGUGAUAGAUUCUCUGAAGAGGGUAUUGAGUUUACCAUCUGUCUGUUCAAAACGCUUCUUAACAACAAAAGUUGAUAGGUGUGUUACU